AUGGCUUCCCUUUCUCCACCUCAGGAGCCUCUCCGCAUCCUCUUGCUCGGCGCGGGUGGCCGUGAACAUGCUAUCGCCCAUCACCUCCUCAAGGACUCGCGCGUCGAGAAGCUCUACGUUGCGCCUGGAAAUGGCGGGACGGCCAUCCUUGACCCAAAGCGAUGCCAGAAUGUAGCAGAUGUGCCUGCGGGAGUGAAUAGUGAUUGGAAGGAAAUUGUUGCGUGGAGCAAGGAGAAGGGCAUCAACCUCGUCGUGCCUGGUCCGGAGCAGCCUCUGGUUGAUGGAGCGGAGAAGGCUUUCAGAGAUGUCGGCAUCCCCGUCUUCGGCCCCUCGCCCUAUGCAGCCCAGAUGGAGGGCAGCAAGUCCUUCUCCAAGGACUUCAUGGCCAAGUACAACAUCCCCACGGCAGCAUACCAGAGCUUCAAUGCCAGCCAGAUCCCCGCUGCGCUGGAGUUCAUCGAGAAGCUGGGAGGCGCAAAGGAGGUCGUGCUCAAGGCCAGUGGACUGGCAGCGGGCAAGGGAGUCAUUCUGCCCGAGUCGAGGGAGGAAGCAGAGCAGACUGUGCGGGACAUUCUCGAGAAGAAGAUCUUCGGCGACGCCGGCUCGUCACUCCUCAUCGAGUCCCGCCUGACUGGCCCCGAACUCUCGGUCCUCCUCUUCUCAGACGGCUACUCCUCCUACUCUCUCCCUCCUUGCCAAGACCAUAAGCGCAUCGGCGAAGGGGACACAGGACCCAACACGGGCGGUAUGGGAGCUUACUGCCCUGCCCCCGAGGCCACGCCCGCGGUCAUUGAGCAGAUCGAGCGCGAGGUCGUCGCGCCGUCUAUUGCUGGGAUGCGAAAGGAGGGCUUCCCCUUCGUCGGCCUGCUCUUCAUUGGGCUGAUGGUCACGCCGCAAGGCCCCAAGGUGCUCGAGUACAAUGUGCGAUUUGGAGACCCGGAAACGGAGGCUGUUCUUGAGCUGCUGGAUGACAAGACAAGUCUGGCGGAGAUCAUGGUAGCGUGCGCCGAGCGACGCCUGGACAGCGUCAAGGUGGGCAUCAAGGAGGGACACAGCGCUGUGAGCGUCGUGCUCGCUAGCGGGGGCUACCCGGGGAGCUACGCGAAGGGGAAGAAGAUCAGCGUGGGCCAGGUGCCGGAGGGGGUCAAGGUGUACCACGCGGGUACGGCGCUAAGCAAGGAGGGAGAGCUCGUCACGGCUGGCGGGCGCGUCAUCGCAGUUGCAGCUGCGGGACCUACUCUGGAGGGAGCUUUGGCACAAGCAUACAAGGGAGUUGACGCAGUAGACUUCGAAGGCAAGACCGUCCGCCGCGACAUCGCCCACCGCGCUCUUGCUCUUGCCAAGCAGCAAGCGUCAAGUCUCUCAGCACCCGCAGCAGGCAUGACCUACGCCUCGUCCGGCGUCUCCGUCUCAACAGGCAACGCCCUCGUUGAGGCUAUCAAGCCUCUGGCCAAGGCCACUCGCCGAGCAGGCUGCGAUGCCUCCCUCGGCGGCUUUGGCGGCGUGUUCGACCUGAAGGCCACGGGCUACAAGGACCCGGUCCUGGUCUCAGGCACGGACGGCGUGGGCACAAAGCUCAAGGUCGCGAAGGACGCCGGUAUCCACAGCGGCGUAGGCAUCGACCUCGUUGCCAUGUCCGUCAACGAUCUCAUUGUGCAAGGCGCCGAGCCCCUCUACUUCCUCGACUACUUCUCCACCUCUCACCUCGAGCUUCCCCUCGCCACAAGCGUUAUCUCAGGCAUCGCAGAGGGUUGCAAGCAGGCAGGCUGCGCGCUCGUUGGAGGUGAGACGGCCGAGAUGCCCGGCAUGUACUCAGACGGAGAGUACGACCUGGCUGGCUUCGCCGUUGGGGCUGUUGAGCGCAGUGGUCUCCUCCCGCGCCUCGACCAGAUCAAGGCGGGUGACAUUCUCGUGGGCUUGAAGAGCUCUGGCGUCCACUCGAACGGAUUCAGCUUGGUCCGCAAGAUCGUCGAGCAUGCAGGUCUCGACCUCCAAUCCCCCUGCCCAUGGAAGAGCGAUGCCGCAACAGUAGGCGCGGACCUCCUGACCCCCACGCGCAUCUACAUUAAGCAGCUCCUCCCCCUCCUCCAACCCACCGACUCAACAGGCAUCAAAGCCCUCUCCCACAUAACCGGCGGCGGAUUCACCGAAAACGUCCCUCGUGUCCUCCCUCCCCAACUCGGCUGCCGAAUCGACCUCUCCGCCUGGCCUCUACCCCCCGUCUUCUCCUGGCUGCAGGCACAAGGUCGCGUAGAGACAAAGGAGAUGUGUCGCACCUUCAACUGCGGUGUGGGUAUGGUUCUCGUCGUUGAGGCGGGCCGCGUGGAUGAGGUGGUGCAGAAGCUCGGCCAGAGUGGGGAGGAUGUGGUGAUCAUGGGUAAGAUUGAACAGGGUGAGGGGGUCAGAUAUGAGAAUGAGGGGGCGUGGGAAAGGAAGUGA